AUGUGCUGCGGGGGGAGGAUGUGCAUGCUCUGCACUUGCUUGAUCCUGGUGGUGGUCUUGAUCGGAAUGCUAUUCGGCUUCGGGGUCUUCAAAGAUGGCUUCCACAAGUUGAAGGACACCGUUCACGUCUCCGACGCCGCCGAUUUCCACAGUCGCCCCUUCUUGAAGGGUUUUCACGCUCCGCCUCCUUUCUAA